UUAUUCGUUUUCUGGGCAUUGUUGAAAAUAAUUCAAUUUCAUAAUUGCGAUGUAAAUUGUUUAAAAUUAUUGUGAUUUAUAAUUUUUUUUCUGUGUUUUUCAACAAAUAUAAGCAAAAUGAGUUUACUUAAAUUGAGUCUUCAGAGCAUUCAGUCCGAAAAUGAUGUAGACGAGUUCAGGUUUAUGUUGACGGAAGAGAAGAGAGAAAAGAGCCUGCUUCGACGGCACAGAUCCUCCAAUGACACGGACGAACAACUUCUUCAGUACUUAAGCAAAAGGGCAUCGCAGUUUGAAGAAUGCGAUGAUUUCUUUUGCAACAAGGGUCUUACGAAAAUAGCAGAGAGUGAAGACACUAUAAAAAAAAAUGAGAGCGAUCAUGCUCCACAAGUAGUAUCGAAUGAAAAUGAAAAAAAAGAUAUAUGCGAGAGAACAAUUGAACCACCGGAUAAAGAAGAAGAAUCUCGCAUCUCAGCGCCAAUGAUCUUCAACUGUCAAGAAGAUUCAGACAAGGAGGAAGAGAAGUCAUCUAAUACUUACAUUCCGAUCAAAUUUUUCAUAGAGCAAAAACCAGAUGGAACGGGACCCGAGGCUAAACCUCCAAUUUACCGGAACAUCAAUGUCAUUUACGAAUUCAAAUCGAGGUUGAAGAAAGGAACGUAUACCCUUGUUAACAAAUAUUUUUCAAGGACGCGGAAAAUAGAUGUUGCAAUAAAAAUAAUCCCCAAAAUAGGAUUACCUGAUAUACGGUUCUUCAAGUUUGUGCCAAGAGAAAUAGACUUAGCAGAAGACAAGAAAUUCAGCCAUCCUAAUAUUGUAAAGUUUAUAGAGACCUACGAAGUCGGACUAAGGAUUUACAUCAUGAUGGAGUAUGUAGACAGAGGCAAUCUAUCAGAAUAUAUCAAAGCAAGAGGCAGGCUAGAUCCAGUCACUUACAGAACUUUUUUCGAACAUCUCAUCAACGCAGUCAACUAUUGCCUCGAUUACGGAAUCUGCCACAGGAAACUGAGUACCGACAACUGCCUGGUCACAGGUAACUUCGUUCUGAAACUUUGUGACUUCUCCUACAGCAGGCACAUCGAUGACAGGGACGAGCUGCUAAACACCUUCUGUGGAGUUCUUGGUUUCACUGCUCCUGAGAUAUUGAUGUGCAGAGAAUAUAAGCCCAGGAUGACGGAAGCAUGGUCAUGCGGCGUCAUCCUGUUCACGAUGAUAUAUGCCGCCAUGCCAUUCGACAGCUCCAACUUCGCGAGGCUAUUGAAGCAAGUAACGAAGCCGAUAAAAUACCACUGGUAUUGUGACACUCCUAUGGACGCCAUCAUGAUUAUGUACCAAUGUAUAUCUCCCAUCAGCAGGAGGUGGGACGUCAGGAAAAUUCUCGGUCAUCGUUGGGUCACACCUCCUUCAACAAGAGGUUAUGAGAACUACAUGAAAUGCUAUAAAAAGCGAACGAGGGGACCGUCAUUCCCCGUGGUGAGAAAGAAAUUUAUAGAAAUCAUGGAACUGAUAAAACGCGACUACGACGCUUAUUUAAAUGAGAAACAUGAAAAAAUGUAUCAGAGAACUGAAGAAGAAUCCAGCGAACAAGGUAUUUCCCGUCAAUCAAGGUUGUGCAAAUUGGAACAAGAAAAUCGAUAGUUUUUUUUUUUUACUAUUUGAAAUCCAUCUUAAAUUACAUGAAAUAUGAGAUAUUCAUGA